GGAAAAUUCAGAGGUAUAUUCCAGAGUUGACUGUUCAUGGCCCGAAUGAUUCAAGGGUGUUCAUCGGUCCUUGUUCCUUUAACUGCACUGCUGUUGGUCAAAGCCAGUAUGGAUGUGUGCAAGAGAGGAGACGUGACUGUAAAGCCCUCCCUGGUCGUUCCCCUUGGAUCAGCUGUGAAUAUUUCUUGCUUUUUGAAGCCCCAUGAAGGCUGCUUCCGCUCCAGUUUAAUCCUCUACCAGUCUGGGCACAGAAUCAAAAUUCAGCGUGGGCACCCUCUCAGCUCUCAAGUCACGGGGCUUUCCCUGGGCACCACCUUGUUCGUCUGCAAUCUGAGCUGUGGAGGAAGAGAUGAGAAACGAGUCUGUGGGGCCGAGGUCUCGGUUGGUGUGAUGCCAGAACAGCCUCGAAACUUAUCUUGUAUGCAGAGUGGAGAACAGGGGACCGUGUCCUGUACAUGGCACCGAGGACGAAACACCCACCUGUUAAAUAAGUAUACUUUACAGUUAAAUGGACCAAGAAAUUUGACUUGGCAGAAGCAGUGUAAUAAUCCUAAUUGUGACCAUAUGGACCUUGGAACCAACCUGCCAGCCGAGUCUCCUGAAUCCAACUACACCGCCACGGUCGAUGUCACCAAUAACCUCGGAAAUGCUUCUUCCUUGCCACUCACGUUCACGUUCUUGGACAUAGUGAGGCCUCUUCCUCCGUGGGAUCUCCACUUCCAGUGUGUCAAUGACUCCGCUAGCAGGUGUGUCCUUCAGUGGCGUGACGAGGGGAUGGUGCUACAUAAUCGACUCAGAUAUCGGCCCCAUCACAGCAAGCCCUGGACUAUGAUCAAUGCUACAAAUGCCAAAGGAAGAUAUGAUUUGUUGGAUCUGAAGCCAUUUACAGAAUAUGAAUUUCAGAUUUCCUCGAAGCUACAUCUUUAUAAAGGCUUUUGGAGUAAUUGGAGUAAAUUAUUAAAAACACAAACUCCAGAAGAAGAACCUACUGGGAUGUUAGAUGUCUGGCAUAUGAAACAGAACAUUGACCACAAACGACAACAGAUUUCUCUUUUCUGGAAGAACCUGAACGUGGCCGAGGCCAGAGGCAAAAUCCUCCGCUAUGGGGUGACCUUGCAGGAAGAGUCAGGGGAGGAGGCCCCCCAAGAGAGCACCACGGAGCACUCCUCCUGGAGCACCAUCAUUCCCAGAACAGGGCACUGGGCGGUGACGGUGUCGGCCAAGAACUCCAAAGGCGCUUCCCCGCCCACCCGGAUUCCCCUCUCGGACCUGUGCACAGCUGAGCAGCUGGCGCCUCGCUGGGUCACGGCCCAUUCGGAGGGCACCGGCACCGUUGUGGUGACGUGGGCAGCUCCAGGCAGCGCGGCCUCUGCCGUGCAAGAAUACGUGGUGGAGUGGCGGGAGGCCCGUUCCGUGGACCGUAGGCUGGUCCCGCUGGACUGGCUGCGGAGUGUCCCCUCCAAGACGUCCGCCAGGAUUUCAGAGAGCCUCAAGCCCUACGUCUGUUACGAGUUCCGCGUGCACGCACUGGCCGGGUACCAGGGAGGAUGCAGCUCCAGCCGGGCUGACGCCAAGCACAAAGCACCUCGGCGGGGGCCCCACAUUCGUUCCGUCACAGAGGAAAAGGCAAAGGGCCGAGUUUUCAUCUCAUGGGAUGGAAUUCCAGCCGGAGAGCAAAUGGGCUGCAUCCUUCAGUACAGGAUAUACUGGCAGGCGCAAAACUCCAAGUCCCAGCCUCAUUUCCGGGAAAUUCCCUACCGGGACUCCCCCAGUUCACACCCCAUAGACAGCCUGCAGCCCCAAGUGACAUACCUCCUGUGGAUGACCGCCCUGACAGCUGCCGGCGAAAGUCCCCAAGGAAAUCAAAUAGAAUUUCGACUGCAAGGUAAAGCCAGAUGGAGUGUGUUGGUGGGACCGGGCGUCUGCACGGCUGUCCUCAUGGUGGGCAUUUUCUCAGUACGGUACUUCCGGCAAAAGGCGUUUGUUCUCCUUAAGGCCCUCAGACCGCAGUGGUGUCGCAGAGAAAUUCCAGACCCCGCAAAUAGCACUUGGGCGAAGACACACCCCACGGUGGAGGAAACGACGCUGCUGCACACGGCGGGCCUCCCUCUCGAGGAACCUGAGCCUCUGGUGGUCAGUGAAGUGCUCUGCCGCGCAACCUCGGCCGUCAGGCGUCCCCACCGCCCCGACGUGCCAGGGAAAGGACGGGAAAUCCCACGUCCCUGUACCUCAGAAGACAGAGCGGACGGCACCUCCAGCCCAUCGCCCUUCAGUGCUCUCCCGGCCGACGCAGGGGAGCUGGUAGAUCUCUACAAGGUGCUGGGGUGCAGGGUCCCGGUCCCGAAGCCAGGAAACCCCCCCAGCCCCUUCACCGUCCUGCCUGAGGGCUACCUUCCCACCCAGGAGGGCUACUUACCCUCCCCCCCGGCGCCCACACCCGACGGGCUGGAAGAACAGGUGCCUCAGCAAAUCUUUCUCUCGGUUUUCCCCUCGAGUUCUCUUCAGCCGCUCCCCAUCUCCUACGGCGAGAAGCUGACGCUGGACCAGCUGAGGAUGGGGCGCGACUCCCUCGUGCUCUGAGGGGCAAAGAGGGACGCUUGGGAAGCCACCGUGCCCCCGGCCGGCAUGGCCACCUCCUACCAAUAAGGCUUGUGCGCAAGGAUACUUGCCUCAGGAUGCUCCUCAUCAAGGGUACUUGAUGCUACGAUCAGGGCUGGUCACUCACAGCCAGGACGCUGACCAUCACCCAGAUUCCUCCUGUUGAUUCUUGCAGAGCCUUCAUGGGCCAGAGAUGGUCUGAGGGGGUAAGGUGCUUGCCUUGCAUGUAGCAAGCCCUCGUCCCCUAGAGCACUGCCAAGAGCGACCCCUGAGCACAGAACGAGGAGUCUUUGUUCUAACCUCCAGCCCACGAAGGUUACAACCCACAGGUAGGACUAAACUCUUGAGUUCCUGCCACUUUCCUGACUGUACUGGCCACAAAGAGAAAAGUAGACUGGAAACUCAACCUUACCAACGCUGGCAAGGGGCCCGGGAACGUUUAUCAAUUACUUACUGCGUAUCAGGUCUGGG